AUGUUUCAAUCACCUUCCGAGGCAGCGUGGUUCCACGCUGUUGCGCAAGGAGACCAAGAAACCGUACGCUCUCUUGUUGAAAGCUUUAAAGGAUACGUUAACAUUGAUGGAGAUACUGCUCUCAUUCAGGCGUGUCGCGCUGGGAACUUAAAAAUGGCCCACAUACUAAUCCCGUAUGAGGCUGGACUAGUUAGUACAUCUGGUUACACGGCUCUCAUGGUCGCUGCUCUUUCCAACAAUCCGGGCCUGUGUGAGGUUUUGGCGCCCCUGGAGAAGGACAUCACUCUCGACGAUGGUAGAGACUCGUACAUGCUAGCAGCACAAGUUGGAGCCGCAGCGGCGCUUCUGAUGAUGACGAAGAACUUUAAGUUGCGACAGGAUAAGGCGCGGCUCAACGCCCUGGACUAUGCUGUUAAUUCGGGUCAUCUAGACUGCGUCAAUAUUAUACUGUCCUCACAGCGAAUAUCUAACAUCGAGCUCAAAUAUGCUAUUAACGUGGCCUCAGAGAAUAGAUUUUUAGAGAUUGAACGUGCCCUGGUUUCUUUUAAAAAUAAUGCACGCCGCACAUCUAACGUACACGCAUUUGUUCCAUCUAAACACCGUCCGUCCACAACUCAACCUCAGACCAAAACCUCUGUUUAUGCCGCUGAGUCAUCUCCGAGUCCCAUGCGGACUCCUCAGCAAAACCCUCUAACAGCUUCCCAGAUGACUACGUCGUAUGUCGGGUCAGUAACCUCCUCUGUCACCGACUUCAACGACAGGCAUGGACAGACAGUGAGCAUGCUAAGGCACAAGAUCACAGAGCUCACCAACUCUAUGCAGAUUAAAGAAAAUGAGAUAAUAACAUUGCAGAUGGAGAAUCUAAAGCUCCAGCAGGCAAACUAUCCUUAUUGUUUGCCCACAACAGAGCCCGCUGCUACUGCCACGGCCACAUCACCAAUUGGGUUUGGUACGUCUCCAGCCAUUGGCAAUUACGCUUUAUCGUGUCUAGAUAAUGAAUCAGCAAUGGCCGAGUUAACGGAAAGGAUCAGACAUCUGGAAGAUGCGUAUGCACUAUCCGUUCAGGAAAACAUGAAUCUCCAACACAUGUUGCAAAUGGCACAAACCGGACAGAAGCAUCUAUCUGAUGAGCCCUAUAUUCAAGAAGAGAAUCAGAAGAACACGGAUAUUUUAGUAUAUGAGGAUUUAGAGUUUUUGCGGCCUUCGAGCGCUAAGAAGCCUCGGCGUCGGUCCAAGUCGGUCACCGCCAUGCUAAAGGACAAGUCCAGACCGAGAACACCUCCGAUGUGCGGGCCAAAAAGAAGCACCGCAGAUCCCUCGGAAAAUGUAUUUAGUAGACAAAACAGGAAGUAUUUGGGUGAUUUGCAAGACGCUCCUAUCUCUUGCUCCAUAGUUACUACGGAAGAGUUCGACAAGAUAAUAGACGAGAAGAACAAUACUAUCGCCAUGCUUCAGGAGCUUAUCUCCGAAUAUCAGUCUCGAGGAGUUAGCGACCUACAGGCCACAGUAGGAUAUCAAGAAAUGAAGGCAGAGUCCAGUGUCAAGAGUCGCAAUUCAAACAGACUGAGCACGUCCUCGCUCUUUGGGCGUGGUAAAUCUGUGCGCAAGGAUGCUACCACUCGGUCAUCUUCUAGCUUUGAUGCAUACCGCAAGAACACAAUCAUCCAACUUGCUGAGCGUGACAAAGAGAUACAUCUUCUCAGAGAACAGCUGGCUAGAGUUGAAACGGAUGGCACGAUCACCCCAAAGACCCUCGAAACUAACAAGGAAGAGCUUAUGAACAAAGUAAUUGCGGAACAGGCCGCCAAAAUUAACGAGCUUCAGGAGCUCUUGGAUGCAACAGAACUACACAGGGUGCAGAUGCCUGUUCCUGCUGCAAUAGAUUCACUGACCGAUAAAAUAAAGGCCUUAGAACAUGAGGUGGAGGAUCUACUGAAGGAGAACGAGACGCUUAAGAAGGAGCUUAGCGAAAGGCCGCAACAUGACGACUCAAAGCUUUGUAAGAUUCUUGCCAAUUCUAGGGUAGGAGUAAAGGGCCUGUCAGAAAGCCUGUGUGCUUCUACUAUGGAAGACGUUGUGGAUACCAUCUCCUCUACACGUGAGUUAAUCUCACUACUUGCUGAUAAAGACGCAGAAAUAGAGCGGCUCCGUGAGGUGAUAAACUCUAUGCCUGACUUAGAUCCAGGCAAUCUUGAUCAUUCACAAACGUCACCAAAACAGAUACAAUUGUUGCUUGACGAACUGGAGACUAAGACCCAAGAGUUAGACGAUCUAAAAGCAAGCAUGGGUAGUAUGGGCAACACCAUGACAAACUCGAAGAGAAGUCUCUCGCUGGGGAGAUUGAAGAAAAAGGAUCGUAGUAGAGCAGCGACCCCUGUUGCUUCAAGCAAGCGCAUUCCUCAAGAUCUUGCAGAUGAAAAUGUUCGGCUAACCAACGAGGUCCUGCUUCUGGCAGAGCGAGUUCGUGGUCUAGAAGCAGACAACGAUCGGUUAGAAAAGUUGACGCGAGAGUCGAACAAAUGUACUUCGCCCCCGUUAUAUGAUGACGCUACUAAUAUGAAAAAGCUACUAGAGCAAUUGAAGGCAACGAAUGAACGGCUGGUCGCUGAAAAUACUCACCUCAAGGAGCGCCUGCAGAGGUCCGCCACUAAAAAUGCAGAUCAGGAAUGCCUUGCUUUUGUGUUCAAUGAUAUGAAAGAAGACUCUCCAGUACUAUGCGAUGUUGUUGCCAGAAUCGCUACACCGCCAGCCUCAGUUGUACUAGAUGCUCAUGACAGUGCAUAUGCAGAUGAUGGGCAGAGCUCCACAGCUAGACUGAACGCAAUUUUAGGGGUCCAGAUUGGUGCUGGUGGAGUUUCUCUUCCACAGCAAGCGUCCUUGGAUAUGCUUCAAACUAAGGACGCUACUAUCACAUCAUUGCAAGCAGAACUACUGGAGAAAAAUGAAGAAAUAGAUCGUUUGAAGUAUAUUAUCAGCGCAUACUCAGUUAACAUAGCACAAGAACAACCAGCAGUUCUCAAUGGCAGCCCCAAUCUCGAUGGAGAAAGUGAAGUCAUUAAACUUACCGAUAGUCGAAGCACUAGGUCUAGCAAGAAAAGUGUGUCCAGGGCAACUACCCCGUCGAGUAUGGUUCAUUCCACGACCAGCUUAGCCAAAAGCCGAGCUGCGUUUGGCAGGUGUCGGUCCACAUCUCUUCAAAACUCUCAAUUUCAUCAAGGCAAUCUGAUCAACACGGAACAGGCAGAAAUCGACGCUUUGAAACUUGCCAUUCAAGAAAGGGAUGAGGAGAUUCUCCGUCUUAGAUCCCUAAGAGAGGAGCAACUGUCUCUCGCUUUGCCAGCUUCCGACGCCACCAAUGAACUUACCGCCCAGAAAGAGAAGGUCAGGCUACUGACGCUCGCUGCCAACGAACAAGAAUUGGAAAUAGAUAAGCUCAAGGCCGAAAUCAGACGUUUAACAGCAGAUAACAGUGCUCUACUUAAAGAAGUACAAACAUAUGGUGACGACAUGGAUAUUCUUCGGGAAACGCAAGAGAAGCUCAGAACAAUUGAGAGCACAAUGGAAACUCGUGAUAACUCUAUCGCGGAAGUAGAAGGCAGACUUAGAGUCCUUACGUCAGAGAAUGACAAACUAAGAACCGUUGGCGAGCAACGUGAGGCACAACUACAGGCAACACAGCUACUACUAGCUCAAGCCUCUAGCCGCGAAUACUCUCAAAUAUUAGCCAAAAAGGACGACGAGAUUGAGAGGCUUAUAACUCUGUUAGAAAAUAUUAAUACUAACACCGUGCAGCGUGAGUCAACAGCCAAUACCAUUAGUGCUAUAGCCCCUGUAUCCACGCAUGUGGUAGAUGCAUCUGUGUCCAUAGACCUUCUGGUUGAACCUCUCCAAGACCCUCCUGGCUUCCUCUCAUACGAAGUUGCAGCUCAUGAGGUCUCCAAAAGGCUUGCAGAGUACACUGUUGAGAAGAUUUCUGGCAUCUAUGACAUGUUGGAUAAUGUAGUUCAGGAGUAUGUUGCUCGUGAGGAGGCAUUGGCCAUGCAAGUAGUAUCGCUGCAGAAGGCCCUUGAGGCUGAAACACAGGAUGGUAUGGUCUCGCGUCUUCCGGAUCCAGUGUGCUAUGAUAUAUAUGAUGAACUAGAACGUGACCUUCGUGCCGAGCUGGCCCAGACAAAGGAAGCCCUUGCCAAGGCGACUGAUCUUUUAGAGGAGAGAGAGGAAGCACUUGAACGUACGGAUCGUCCUAAGAGCUCAAUUAGAUACCCUCCUCCUCCUUCUUCUUCUUCUAAAGAUGCGCAUGUAAUUUCGCGACACGCAACUCCAGAACCUAGUGAUAGUGCUGAUGCGUUCGAGUCUUUACCCACCGAGCAGCUCCAUGAACCAUCCCCUCUUUCAGGAAAGCCCGUUGUACUCCACUACGCGUCAAAUAUAUUGCUAGCUAAAGAUGCUGAGAUAGGUAGGCUUCAGAAUUUACUUAUGCUGAUGGCAGAUCGCAGCCUAGACAACGAUGCAGCUAAAAACUCUCUAGAUCAACGUCCUCAUCCGUCUGAGGACAUAGACUCCUUGGUCAUUGAAAACGUAGCGCUAUCAAAUGAGGUUGACAUUCUUAAUCUAUCUAUUUCAAUCCAAAAUAACGUUAUUUCAACAAUUGCAGACCAUUAUAUUAAGAAGCACCCUACAGCAGAGAGUGGCGACCCGACUGUUUCUCUUCUUGAGGGAAAGAUUCUGAGUCUGACUGAACAGCUGGCCCAGGCAGAUGGGCAGGUCACUCAGCUGAUGGCCGAGGUUCAUGCAACAGGUGCAUCUCGGGCGUCAUCUUCUCAACGGCCAGCAUCUGUAUUUCUGCCCAGGUCACAUCCCCUCUCUGAAUAUAGAUCAGCUUCAGUUCUUAGGACAUCUUCAGGCGACGAGAAGAUCCCAUCGAGUAACUCCUUCGAUGCAUUCCCUGUGGCAGCAUCGUCUCCUCUUGAUCAGCUUUCAAUUGGUCUAAUUAAACCAUCUGUUGCUCCAAUUGUGACAGCAAUCCUUAGAAGCAGUGAGCAAUCUGCACACGAGCCUCUGAAAAAUCCGACUGCCUUGAUGGAGGCCAUCAUGACCGGCAACAUGAGGGCAAUCGGCGCAAACUUACAGCAAAUUGGAUACUCUCUGGAGAACGGGACGACUGCUCUUAUGCUGGCAGCUGAGUACAAUGUGCCUGCCGCUGUUAAGUACCUGGCAGAGUUUGAAGCAGGAAAGACACGUUCAGAUGGCAAACGCGCAAUAGAUAUAGCGCUCCAACUCGAUCAUCUGAAAGUUGCAACCCUUCUCUUGAAUUGGGAAGGUCUAGAUAUCUCUGUCUAUUCAUCUGAGGGAAACCGCAGAACGGAACUAAUGACUGCUGCUGCCCACGGAGAUGUAUACAUAGUGUUCAAUCUUCUUGGGUUACAAGCUAAGUUACAGGACUCCGAAGGAAGGACAGCUCUUAUGUAUGCAUGUGAAGCUGGGCAUGUAGCCUGUGCGCGACUUCUUCUAGUAGAGAAAGAGAUCCGGGACAACCAAGGGAACGAUGCACUAUUCUACGUCUCCAAGGACCUGCCAUCCCACUAUAUUCUCAGCUCUCUUCUGUCUAGCAGAUCCGUCUAA